AUACCUCACCAGAAUCAAGGCCAAAGCAAAAAAAUCAUACUUCUCUUAGAGUUAGUGAGAAAGAACUCUAGGCCGAGAGAGAUUAUCAGCAAUGGCACCAACACCACCGGCGGCAGUAAGCUCACUGCCCAUAGCAUCAAGAGGAGGAGGUAAGGCAGAAAUAAAUUCAGUACCAAUACCACCAAAAGGAGGUAAAGGAGAAAUAUAUUCAGCACCAAUAACACCAAGAGGAGAUUUAAUGUCACUACCAAUAACACCAAGAUCAUCAGCAAUGGCACCAACACCACCUGCAAUGAAAACACCACCAGUUACGGCACCACCUUCGCAGUUUCACUCACCGUCUUUAAGUCGGUCACCUUUACUUCUGGAAAGCCCAAAUCACCAGCAAGCAUCGACAAAAUCUACUAAGAAUCAUACUCCCACUGUUAAAACACCAAGGUCAAGAAGUUCACUAACACCAAGAUCAAGACUUUCACUGACACCGAGUUUUAUUACACCAUUAGGUAGUCCUGUUAGAAAAAUGAUUAGAAUGACUAAACUAGAACCUCAGCCUGAAGAUCCUGAUAAUUGGCUUCCUAUAACUGAAUCUAGAAAUGGUAACGCUUAUUAUGCAGCUUUUCAUACUCUUUGUUCUGGUAUUGGUAUUCAAGCUCUGGUUCUUCCCGUUGCCUUAACCAUCCUUGGUUGGAAUUGGGGAAUUAUAAGCUUGACAGCAAUAUUUUUCUGGCAACUUUACACUCUCUGGUUGCUCGUGCACCUUCACGAAUCAGCUGAUGGAACCCGAUACAGCCGAUACUUAGAUCUUUUCACUGCAGCAUUUGGUGAGAAAGCAACAAAAUACUUAGGGACAGCUCCGAUCAUGUAUUUAUCAGCAGGAACGUGUGUUGCUUUGAUCAUUAUUGGUGGUUCAACCAUGAAGCUUAUCCAUGAGACUAUAUGCGGAGGCACAUGUAGUAAUCCUAAUCCACUAACUUCAGCUGAGUGGUAUUUGGUGUUUACAUGCAUCGCAGUGAUGUUUUCUCAACUUCCAAAUUUGAAUUCCAUCGCCGGUGUUUCGCUAGUUGGUGCGGUUACAGCUGUCGGAUACUGUACAAUUAUGUGGGCUGUGUCUAUUGCUAAGGGCAGAGUUCCUGGUGUUACCUAUGUUCAUUUAACCAACAGUGAUUUCUCAAGUGUUUUUGGUGCACUCAAUGCUAUUGGUAUCAUCGUUUUCGCUUUUAGAGGGCAUAAUCUUCUUCUCGAGAUUCAAGGAACAAUGCCAUCAAGUGAGAAAUAUCCAUCUAAAGUUCCAAUGUGGAGAGGUGUGAAAAUAGCCUAUCUGAUGGUAGCUUCAUGUUUAUUUCCCCUGGCAAUAGGUGGCUACUGGGCUUAUGGUCAUAUGAUUCCGAAAAAUGGUGGUAUGUUGGCGGCAUUGUUUGCAUUCCACAGCAAAGACACAUCCAAGGCAAUUCUUGUAAUAACAGGUUUAUUCAUAGUGAUAAACGCUGUAUGCUCAUUUCAAAUCUAUGGAAUGCCAACCUUCGACGACAUGGAACAGAAAUACACGAAGAAGUUCAACAAGGCAUGCUCAUGGAAAAUCCGAGUGUUUUCUCGAUUGUUUUUCGGGUUUUUGAAUUAUUUCAUAGCAGUUGCGUUACCAUUCUUGGGAAGUCUUGCUGGUUUGAUCGGAGGAUUGGCAUUACCUGUCACUUUAGCUUAUCCAUGUUUCAUGUGGAUUUCCAUCAAGAAACCAAAACGUCGUAGUGCAAUGUGGUACACAAACUGGGGACUUGGACUUCUUGGUAUAGCUUUGACGUGUUUAAUUAUUGCUGCCGGUUUAUACAGUGUGAUAGAGACCGGCGUUAAAGUUAAGUUCUUCAAGCCUUGAUCGAUGAGAAAGAACCGGAGUUACGCGCCCUUAUAUACCUAGAAUGAAUUAUACAAUUUUGAUUAUUCUUUUUCGUGUUAUAGAGAAAUUUGCGUUGGUUUGUAAACUUUGUCUUACUACUAGACUAGAAGUGUAAAUUAUCUUGUUAUGCUUGAUAUGAUCAAUAAGAAUUAUGUCAUAAAUUUCUUGA